AUGGGUCACGGCGUAACCCUAAUGGAGGCCGAAAACUUGAAGUUUCUCGCAACAAACAGCAAAGUUCCAGUCCCAAGAGUCUACGCUGCCUUCAAGGACCCCGACACCAAGAAAACUUAUAUUAUUAUGCAAUAUCUCCAUGGCGAUAACCUUCAAAAAUCCUUGCCAUCCCUUACACAGGUGGAAAAAGCUACAAUAUGUAGCUUGAUUAAAGACGCCAUAACGGAGCUACGGAGUAUACCGCCACCAGAUUACUUGGGGAUGUUGAAUCGCCGGCCUUAUCUUGACGGGGUGUUCUGGACUGAAGGUCUUAUUUCCAAAAUAUCAGGUCCCUUCGAGAAUCAGGAAGACAUGAAUCUUGCCAUCAUCGAGAAACUUCGCCAGACAGAAUCAGAGCCGUAUAUCCGAUUGCUGCGGAACAUGGUUAACCGGACUCUGAACGGCCACCGCACUGUUUUCACCCACGGUGACCUUCAGCCGAAGAAUAUUAUGGUUGAAAAGCUCAGAAGUCGCGACGGAGGCCCGGAAUUUAGGAUCACGCUAUUGGACUGGGAAAGCGCUGGAUGGUAUCCAGAGUUCUGGGAUUUCUGCAACGCUACAAUCGCCUGUAGAUUCAAACCCGACUGGCUUGAACUUGUGCCUGAUAUACUGGAUCAAUACCCGGUGGAAUUUCUCAUGAUGCAGGUGGUGUAUUCAUCUGUGUUCUACUAG